AUGAACAGCACUGAAACUGCUUGCCCUUUUUCUUCACCGACGCCACAGCCUUCAUCUUCAUUACACCCAUUACUAAUGCCCUCACUAGCAACACAGCAUUCCUCUUCUACUUCAGUGUCACCCUCGUCUCCAGUGCUCCAGACUCAGCUGGCAUUUUGGAAGCAACUUGAUAAGCUUUCUCGAUCUCCCAUAGAUCAGGAUUUGUUUGUUCUUGGUCGCGAAGCUGAGGCGAUUUCUCCACCACCCAGACAGAUAACCAGCAAUUUUGCCCUCCUUAGAGCCUCACUGGACCAUACUAGCGGAGUAUUGUCUGCCUAUCCUUCCCAAACCAAGCAGACCAUACAGACUCAACAGCAGCACCUAAAAUGUUAUGAACAGACCUGCGAAGAGUUUUGUAAAGCAACUUCUUCUCCAUCU